CAGGUUGGAGUUAGCCGGGCCUCGAUUCUACUCGGCUGUGACCGCCUCAGUCUCGCGUCAGGACUCGAAAGUCGCGGAGGACAAGACACCUAGGCCCCCGGACCUCCUGUUCACCGUCGAUACACCUUUUCCCGAGGCCCUCGUGCCCCGUUUCCAUCGACGGAUCGCCGCGGCAUUUAAUAGACGGGUGCUGUGUGCCAGUUUUGGGUCCAGAUCGUAAAAGAUUCCCUCUCAUUCGCUGCUGCUAGUGUUGUGUGCUGGUGCAAAAAGAAAUCGGGGAGGAAAAGGGAGGAAGGAAAUCGGAAUUGUCGAUCGCCUCCUCUUAUCCGGAUGCAUACGGUCACAGACGGAUGACAGUUUGACCGGAGGGGGACCAAUGCUGUUUAAUAGUUCGUUCUCGAUGACGUUCGUACUUGGCAAGGAUUACACUUAGAGGACCAGCGAAUUGGGGAUAUUGCAACCUCGACGGGGAUUCUGCGGGAUCCUGAGGUACACGGUUUGAAGUUCCAGCGACGGGACAGCAGGCGGUGGCGGUCUGGUGAACGUGAACGAUCUGGGAACGAUGCAGAACAGCUCGGACAGCACGCUGGACGUGACGAUCACGCCGAGCACGCUGCUGGCCACGCCGGGGUUGAACAACCCCGCGUGGAGCAGGCAGCAGGCAGUUAGCGUCAGGCACGCGUUCAAAACCUACGGCAGCAGCAAGAACCCUAACCACGUGAUACAGAACCUCUGCAUGACCGUGGCGAAGGGAUCCAUUUAUGGACUGCUGGGCGCGAGCGGAUGCGGCAAAACCACUCUACUCUCGUGCAUCGUCGGCCGGAGGCGACUGAACUCGGGCGAAAUCUGGGUGCUCGGCGGCAAACCGGGCACCAAAGGGUCCGGCGUUCCUGGGAAAAGGGUUGGCUACAUGCCGCAGGAGAUCGCGUUGUACGGGGAGUUCACCAUCCGAGAGACGAUGAUGUAUUUCGGAUGGAUAUUCGGCAUGUGCACCGCCGAAAUUGUGGACCGGCUGCGGUUUCUGCUGCAGUUCCUCGACCUGCCUUCCCAGAACCGAUUGGUGAAGAAUCUCAGCGGUGGCCAGCAACGACGAGUGUCCUUCGCCGUCGCCUUGAUGCACGAUCCAGAGCUGUUAAUCCUUGACGAACCCACGGUCGGCGUGGACCCGUUGCUGCGGCAGAGCAUCUGGAAUCACCUGGUACAGAUCACCAAAGAUGGCAACAAAACCGUUAUUAUCACUACCCACUACAUCGAGGAAGCCCGGCAGGCGCACAUGAUCGGGCUGAUGAGGAGCGGACGAUUAUUGGCUGAAGAAUCCCCCAGAGCUCUGCUCCAAAUGUACAACUGUUCAUCCCUGGAGGAUGUUUUCCUGAAGUUGUCGAGGAAGCAAGGGCAAUACGCUCAGCCGCCAACAGAAUUGAACAUUUCGAACAAUAUCAGUCUGCAGGCUUCCCUGAACUGGGGAAAGAAGAACGAACCAGUGUACGUGACGGAGGAAUCUGGCGUCGUCGGUCUAAACUUCCAUCAGAGCAAGGAGGUCCUUAUUCACGAUUCGACGAACGGCGUCGGAAAUCAUUAUGAUCUGAACGGAAAGCCACUGUCAGGUGUCAAGAGCUCCACGUUGGACUGCAACGAUUGCGGAGGAGCGUUCACAGACUGCUACAAGAUCACGAGUACAGGAAAGAUGAGAGCGCUGUUGCAGAAGAACUUCUUGCGCAUGUGGAGGAACGUUGGGGUGAUGCUGUUCAUCUUCGCGCUGCCAGUCAUGCAGGUGAUCCUCUUCUGCCUGGCGAUCGGCAGGGAUCCAACAGAUUUGAAACUAGCGAUCGUAAAUCACGAGAUGUACUACGAGAACAUGUCCUGCCCGGUGACGGCGGACUGCACUUUCUCGCACCUCAGUUGUCGGUACCUGAAUUUCUUGGAUAACGAUACGAUGGUGAAGGAAUAUUAUCCUGAUCCGUCGUCGGCGAUGGACGCGGUGCGUCGCGGAGACGCUUGGGGCACGUUGUACUUCACCGAGAACUUCACGGACGCUCUGGUCGCCAGGAUGGCCCUAGGAAGGGACGCCGACGACGAGACUCUCGACCAGAGCGAGAUCAGGGUCUGGCUGGACAUGUCUAAUCAGCAAGUAGGCUUGAUGCUAGCCAGGAACCUGCAAUAUUCGUACAGGGACUUUGCCAAAGACCUUCUGUCGGCCUGCGAUCAGAACACAAAGCUGGCAGACGUGCCUAUCCAGUUCAUGGAUCCAAUUUACGGCACGAAUGAGCCCAGUUUCACUGAUUUCGUGGCGCCUGGAGUGAUCUUGACCAUUGUCUUCUUCUUGGCGGUGGCCCUCACGUCGUCCGUCCUCAUCAUCGAGAGGAUGGAGGGCCUCCUCGACAGAAGUUGGGUCGCCGGAGUCACUCCAGGCGAGGUCCUCUUCUCUCACGUGAUCACCCAGUUCGUAGUCAUGUGCGGCCAAACAGCCUUGGUCCUGAUCUUCAUGAUCCUGGUGUUCAACGUCGAGUGCAAGGGUGAAAUCGGCUGGGUGAUCGUGCUGACGAUACUCCAAGGCCUCUGCGGCAUGUGCUUCGGGUUCGUGAUCUCGGCGAUCUGCGAGCUCGAACGGAAUGCGAUCCAGCUGGCUCUGGGCAGCUUCUAUCCCACGCUGCUGUUGAGCGGCGUAAUCUGGCCAGUAGAGGGGAUGCCGACGGUCCUGCGAUACGUAUCGCAGGGACUACCGUUAACGAUGGCGACGACGUCGCUGCGUUCGAUGCUGACGAGGGGCUGGAGCAUCGCGGAGCCGGACGUGUACUACGGCUUCAUCGCGACCAUCAUCUGGAUCGUGUUGUUCCUCACGAUAAGCAUAAUGGUGCUGAAGUUCAAGCGGGGUUAGAGAGGGAUCUCUGGAAAGAGGGAAGAGGGAAGGCCAAUAAAAAUACACAACGAGAGGGACGCGGUUCGGCCUCCGACCUUGAACUUCAACGCGGUCGGGCGCAUAUCAUCGAGCUGGAAAGCUGACGGCGAGGGUGAAACGGCGACCGCCGCUCGCUCAGCUUCCUCGCGGACGAUCUCGUUAGGCGCAGCCGUUCGCGCGCGCACCUCCAGACAUGUGAUGACGCUCGUUUGUGCUCUUUCGUCCAGCGUGAAUGCCUGACUGAAUGAAUGUUCUCAUCGCGCAGUGUGCCCGUGAUCCUCCACACGGAUCCCCCUUCCUCCUUGGUCCUUUUGCACCUUCCCCGUUCCACCUUCCUUUCUCUCUCUUUUCCGUCUUGUAGUUCAAAGUCUGUAAUAUAACCGGGUAUCCUCAGGGAUACGCUUGUACCACGGACGGCCGUUUCCCAGCGGGCGUACCCGUCGCCUCGACAUCAUAAUCUUAGCACCAUGGGCUCCGCGAGAGAGGUAUUCCCUCCGCGAGAGAGCUAUUCCCUCCGCGAGAGAGCCACCAUUCGUCCUCACGUCAAACCGAAUGGGAUCGCGAGCAGCAGGUAUCGCGGACAAGCGAACGAGAGGUAGUCGAUUUAGAUGUGUAGGACAGUUCUUACUUGCCCAUGACUUAAGCGUUUAAACGUAUUCGAACUUCGCGCGGCGACGCGUCACCUUCGCUUUAACACGUCGACGCCGUUGUGAUUACCAUCUGGCGAAAUUCUUGAAGUGUUCGAUAUCAUUGGAAUUAUCGAUCAGUCAGUCACCUUUAUAUGUUUUAUAUAUUUUAUAUUUUAUUAAUAUAUGCAGAUGUUAUAUCGAUAAGUCAAAUUUACAAGCAUGGCGAUUUCUUUUGUCCGCCAAACUGAUUUAAUGCGACACCAAAGUGUCCAUCGGUGGCACCUUACGCACCGGCGUCAAUGUGUUAAACGAAACCGACGCGCCCACGCGCGCGUGUUGUGUAUAUCCGCUUCGCGCGAGAUAAUCUUCAGUUCCGUUGUCUCAUCGCGAACGAUUCCGGGGACACGGACGAAUGUACCAUAUUGUAGCAUAUAAAAGAAUCAUAGCGGUUACGUUUUAUAGAAGCAACGACGGGGGCCGCUGCCGUCGCUGCCGCUGCAGCCGCUGCGGCUCCACCCCCGUCGCCAUUAAUGUCUUUUUAGUUGAAUUGUUUUUUAUUCAUCCGUCACGUCCGAGGAGAGACGAUCUGUUUCUUUCUCUCUCUCUCUUCUCCUUUUUUUUAACUAUUGUAAAGGAUGCGUUCACCGAGCGGAUGAACGGAUGCAAUAAGAAGACCGGAUGCGGUGUGUACAUUUCUAUUUUUCCUUACGAUAAUUAUCUGUGUAUAAAAAGAAAAAAAAACUCACAAUAAAGCGAGAAAAAUGGUUUUACAAAAAUACAAACGUGGACGUGAGCAACGUUCCCUGCGCGAGUUUAA